AUGAAACCUGAAUGGGAAGCAGAGCACAAACUGGUGCGUGAGGUUGUCCUAGUUGCGUUUAGUCUCGGGGCCUGCUUUAUGUUUGCGCUUGCGUUAAUCUGCCACAGCCUUUGGUACACUGCAAGUGUCGAGGAAUACGCAGCCGGUGUUUACAUUUUGUGUAUACCGGUGCUUUUUCACAUGAGCGAGUUCCUAGUGGCGGCGUCCUUGGGUCGGCAUGACACCCACCCAGAUGCCUUCUUGCUGUUCAACUCAAAGGCGUACACGGCGGCCAUCUCUGCGGCGUGGAUAGAGUUCUUUGUAGAGUGGCUUCUCGUCCCGGAAUGCUGGAAGGUGUCCAGAGAUUCUUUUGCGGGUUGGUUCCUGCGCCUGAACUACACCAGCGUUACCCUGGUGGCCAUGUUGUCUGUGGCUUUCUACCUCGUGCGUGUGGUUGGGAUGCUGCAGUGUGGGCUAAACUUCUCACUGCUGAUUGAGACAGAGCGGCGCGGCGGUCAUAUCCUCGUCGAGGAUGGAAUUUACGCUGUGCUGCGUCAUCCAGCCUACUUUGGUUUCUUUUGGCGAACCCUUCUCUCACAGCUGGUGCUGGCAAACCCGUUGUGUUUUGUUAUAUACGCCGGCGUCAUGUGGGAUUUUUUUCGCAAGCGGAUCGCCUACGAGGAAGCCCUGCUGGAAAGUGGGAAAUUCUUUGGCAAGCGAUACACGGCGUAUAAAGCGAAAACGGUGGUGGGCAUUCCCUUGAUUCACUGA